AUCCGCCUUUUGUUCCUUGACUCUCAUGAACGGUCUUCACGCUUAUGGAGAUGACUCGCAAAGCGACUCGGAGGAGAAGAUCGCGUCAUCCUCGAAAACCAGUAUGGGAAUAUAUCUGAAUAAUGAUAAGGCGCUGAAGAGUGUAUUAAACUCAUCAUCAGAUGCCAGCUCAGCCCGCCUGCUACCCAAGUCUCAAGUAAUCAUUCGUCGGCCUGCGCAGCAGAGAGGUCACCCUCGCGCCCAUGUAUCAGAUGAAAUAAUAGGCAGUACAGAAAGCCUUCAGACCCCCAGUCCAGCAUCCAUGCCUGAUGCGUUCCCGAACACGGAACAAGCUGAAAUUGGAUCCCCGGAGGAGGUUGAUGAAAUCUCUCACCUUAGAAAACUAUUGAGACCACCGUCAAUUCCAGGUCUCAUAGACUGGGGUAUUCCGCCAGCGUCUUCAUCUCCCUAUGACCCGGCAAUUCAGACCAAACUCGCACAGUUUCACGCUUUAAAGCGAGAUCCUGAUCAUCCAAAGCAUUUUAACGAUUCCCUUAUGUCCAAUCGAUCCUUCCGCAAUCCCCAUCUAUAUGCCAAGCUGGUAGAAUUUGUGGAUGUUGAUGAGCGCACGACGAAUUUUCCAAAGGAUAUGUGGGAUCCAGAUGACAUGCGACCUGAAUGGUUUGCGGACAGCAUCGCCGCGCUGCAAAAAGCUCGCUCAGAGCAAACUGCGUCCUCUCAGUCAAAGCGAACGCAGAUAAAUUUCACGGCUUCUGCAAAGUUACCACCAUCCCAUCAUCCUACUCAUGACAAAUUGGCUCCACGACACAGUAGCAGAUUCCAUCCCUACUCUCGUCUGCGCUAGGCUCGAUAUCCUCAUGAAUCGUGUAUAAUACCACGCAUCUCUAUAUGUUACUCUUUCGUCCUUCAACAAGUUCCCUGAGUGUAACAUUGGUUCUCCGCCAAUUGGUUUAUCUUUACAUGUGUCACUGAUGACCAACUUUAAAUACGCUGCAACUGCACGGUUGCGCAAAGACC